CCUCAGCAUCACAGAGCAUCCUGAAACAACGCGGAGACCAGACCGCAAAGACACCUCACUGCUUGGAGCUCAGUCAUCACAUCAUGAACCCCAAAAUCUCAUAUAAAUACAGGGAAAUCAUUGAAAGAAGUAAUCUGGUCCAUUCAGGAUGUCCUGCUGUCUACCAGCUGAAACCAAAGAAAGAGGAGUUUGGAACUCUGACUAGAAUGACCGUUGGAGAAAAAUAUCUGCACAAGAAAAAUAAAACCAUCUUACUUGUUGGUGAAACAGGAGCAGGAAAAUCGACUCUGAUCAACGCUCUGUUUAACUACAUCAUAGGAGCAACGUGGGAGGAUGAAGUCUGGUUUCAGAUAUUAGAGGAGGAGAGGAAUGAAAAUCAGACAGAAAGUCAGACACCAGAUGUGAUCGUGUACGAGAUCUUUGGUUUUGAAGAUAAAACUCUGCCCUACUCUCUGACCAUCAUCGAUACUCCUGGAUUUGGAGACACAAGAGGGACUGAACGAGAUGAGAUCGUCAUUCAAGAUUAUUUCAGUUGUUUGGAUCAGAGGAUGGAGUUCAUGAAGUUCAUGCAAUUGGUCUGGUGA